CAAUGCUAGCCUGCAUCCCCAUGUGGUAGACAGCCUAUUCGAUCAAUUAAAUGUACCAGCUAUAGGCCAUGCUUAUCAUAGCCUUCUAUGAAUUCCACCUAGAAUUAAGUCUCUACAGCUAAAAGAGCAGUCAAACACCGUCAGCGACUGGCUCUAUUAAUUUUGACCAAAUCUUUCAUGUCAGGUAUUAGUUAAAGAGCUAAACAAAAAUCAUACUGUAAAUAUCUGUAAUAGGCCUAUUCUCACGCUCAACACAAAGCAGGCGGAUUUAAAUUGUAGGCUAACCCUGAUUAAAGUCAUGUUUAUUGCUACAAAAUUUUAGGUUUAAACGGGAAGUAGGUUGCUAAAUCAGGUCAUAGGGAAUCCGCAGGUGUUUCUGAUGACAGCGCCACAGCAGGCAUGAAGCGGCGGCUCCUCCUGCUUUUGUUUUCCUGUUUGAAGUAUCAGAUGAACUAGGCCCAACUUUAAAUCAAACGGAAGAACAUUUGUCGGGAGUUUUUACCUUAAGUGAUCCGAAAAGCCCUAUACAAGUGUUAUGCAUUAUAGAUCUAGCUGGGCUGCGCUCCUUCUUACCUGAGACAGAAGAGGAGACCAGAAUAAUUGGAGGGGUGGAGGCAUCAUCUCACUCUUGGCCAUGGCAGGUUUCUCUCAGGUUUAUCACUAUGCCAGCAUGUGGAGGGGCCAUACUGUCACCACUCUGGGUUAUUUCUGCUGCUCACUGCUUCAGAAGGUACAGUAAACCUUCUUUGUGGACAGUUCUGGCUGGAAAACAUGAUCUCGAAAAUUCAGAUGAAAAAGGUCAGAAGGUGGUUGAAGUGAGUAAAAUCAUCAGUCAUAAGGAUUACAGCACUCAGACCAAAGAGCACGACAUUGCCUUAUUGAAGCUGAAGGAGCUGCUCAUCUUCAAUGACUUUGUGAGACCCAUCAACAUCUGGAUGAGUGAGCUGCCCCUGUUCACUGAAUGCACCACCACAGGCUGGGGCUCCACUAGAGAGAAUGGACCUCGUGUGAACAAAUUACAGGAAGUUAAUGUCACACUUCUCCCCUCUGAAGUUUGUAACAAAUAUUAUGUUGGUAGAAUCUUCGAGACAAUGCUUUGUGCAGGAAAGGAAGAAGGUGGUGCAGAUGCCUGUCAGGGGGACUCAGGAGGGCCCAUAUCCUGCUUCAAUGGAAGCAGGUAUGAGCUCGCAGGGGUAGUAAGCUGGGGUGUUGGUUGUGGACGGGUCAAAAAGCCAGGAGUCUACACAAAAAUACAGAAAUUUGUUCCAUGGAUCUUUGAUGUCAUAAAUGAAGAAAAUACACUGUCAGAUGAUGCUCCGGUGGCAGUAGAAGACAACUGUGGAAAGCUCCAGGGCAGAGGGUGUGUGAAAGUCCCACUCACUGCAGCGUUGCACCAGUCCCAGGAUGGUGUUGUAUCUGUGCAAAACAUCAGCGAAUCCUGUCCAUUUUACUGGCCCUGGCAGGUCAGUAUACAACAGGACGGACACCACUACUGCAGCGGGACCCUGAUCAGUCAGCAGUUUGUCAUCACGGCCCAUCACUGCCAUGUACGUGCUGGGGACACAGUGGUUUUGGGAAUACAUGACAUCAGGUAUUCUUUAUUACAAAGUAGUCCUGUAGUGAGAGUUAUCAACCUACCACAAGAUGGCAGCUUUCCUCCAGGUGCUGACCUGUCCCUGAUCCAGCUCGGCAUUCCUGCUAGACUUGGCAGAAAUGUGGCUCCAAUAUGUGUCCCUGAUCAGGAUGAGGAUGGUGAUUUGGAUCCUAGCUGGCUUUGUGCAGUGACUGGAUGGGGGGCAACUAAGGCUACAGGAGGUGUGAAUCCUAACCGGUUGCACCACGCUGCUGUGACGUUGCUUAACCAGACCACCUGUAGAGAGAAGUGGGGAGAAGACAUGAUCAAAGACUCUCAUGUAUGUGCUCAUCCUGCAGCUUCUUCAUCCUGUCUGGGCGACUCGGGAGCUCCUCUGUUCUGUCGAAAGCAUGGUGCCUACUUUCUGUUUGGAGUGGCCACAUGGGGCAGCAAUCGAUGUGAUGAACAUUUUCCAGCAGUUUUCACCAGAGUGCCACGUUUCUAUUCGUGGAUUUCUGAUAAAAUAGGAGACUAUGAAAGCCUCCAUUAGAAGACCUCUCAAAUGCGUUUGUCAGUAACCAUUUUCAAAACCAAAUUGGUUCCUUAACAUACCCAACAAGCUUUUUUUCUCUUUUAAUUAAAGUAUAACUGAUUAUUUGACCUGGCAGCAUGACAAUCAUUGACUGUGUUUCCCACAUGAAUACAGAUAAUUAUGAAUAUAUGGAAAAUACAACACAAGAAAAAUAACUUGUACUAGAACAU